GCAAAAGCCAAGAAGAAGCUGAAGCUGAACAAGAGCAGCUGGUGUGUGUUGUUUGAAUGCGGUGCGUGUUUGGAGAAUCUUUCUCAAGCCUUGCUUUUGAAGAGCAAUAGCUUGUCUGGUCUGUUGUUGCUGAAACUGAAACUUUCUUUCCUCGAAUUUCUAACUGAUGGACUUUAACUCGCUGUCAGACUCUGGAAAGUUAAACCUGAAGGGAGAACAGUAACUUGUACCUAUAGUACAGUAAGCAAUGCUUGUCACUAGGAACCUGCUUCAAGCUUGUGUGUUUUUAAAUUAUAUUUUGUUAAUUAGGCUAAUACUUGGAAAAAUGUUGUUGUUUAAGCAUAGUAGGCUGAACUAUUGGAUGUUCCCUUUGUUGUCAUUAUCAAAGCCACUGCAGCCUGAAAUCUUUAGCCAGAUAAGUGUAACAGGGCUGGUGCUAACAUUGCAGCUUCGGCAGUGGGCUACACAGGGAAGGAGACCAGAGGCCAUUCAUGAUUAGCUUUGUAUUGUAUGAGGUGCUUCACAUGAUCCAAGUUAGCCAUUAUGCUUUUUCCAAUCUCCCAAUAAUAAGACAACCUCUGGCUGUUAUCCACCUACUUUUUUCCAAUGCAGAAGCAAGCUGUUUUCUGUGAAUGUGUGAGACUUCUGAUUUAUUAUCCGCUACAGGGAAAAAUCAAGAAGAAUAUCCAAGUACAGUAAAUGAAGUUCAUGUUCAGCGAAGCUCCUUCCACAACAAUCACACAUUCAGCAAUAAAUGCUGGGAUAUUCCCAUCAGUUCACUAGUGCAGACGAGCAUCAGAGCAUCAGGAAGAGCUGAAAUCUGCAAAGAUUGGGUUUAUUAAAGAGGACCUGCAGAAUGAAACGCGCUGAAGAACAAACAGAGUUGAUUGAAGAAAACGAGGAGAAAGAAGAAUUGAGUGAAUUUGAGGAGGAAAGUCAUGUUAAAACUAGAGAAAAACCCUUAAGAAGAGUCAAGAAAUCUUUAACCUGCACUCAGUGUGGGAUGAGUUUUUCAUGUCUACAACAUUUAAAAGAACAUCAGAAAAUACAUACUAGUGUGAGAGAGUACAUGUGCUUUGAGUGUGAAAAGACUUUUAGUUCAGCAAAGUGUUUAAAACAGCACCAGAGGAUCCACACUGGAGAAAAACCAUACAAGUGUUCACACUGUGACAAGAGAUUCAGUCGGUCAGGACACGUGAGAAGACACGAGAGGAUUCACACUGGAGAGAAACCGUACACAUGUGACCUGUGCGGGAAGAGUUUCACAAUAAAAGGACACCUUACUACACAUACGAGAGUUCAUACCGGAGAGAAACCAUUCACUUGUGAUCAAUGUGGAAAGAGUUUCGCGCAAUCAGCAAAACUUAGGGAGCACAUGAACAUCCACACUGGAGAGAAACUCUACCCAUGUGAUCAAUGCGGCAAAACGUUUUUGUGGGCUUCAAUCCUGAAGAAACACCUGAACAUUCAUACAAAGGAGAAGCCACAUUCAUGUUCUUUGUGUGGAAAGGAUUUUUCACUUCUGCAUCAUUUAAAAGAGCAUCAGAAAAUACAUACUGGUGUGAGAGAGUACAUGUGCUUUGAGUGUGAAAAAACAUUUACUUCGGCAUACUGUUUAAAACUGCAUGAGAGGAUCCACACUGGAGAGAAACCUUAUAAGUGUUCACACUGUGACAAGAGAUUCAAUCAGUCAGGAAUCCUGAAAACACACGAGAGGAUCCACACUGGAGAGAAACCAUAUCACUGCACUGCAUGUGGGAAGAGUUUCAGUCAAUCAUCUUCUCUACACAGUCAUACAAAAAGCAUCCACGGUAAGUAGAUCCAGGACUUUCAGGUCCGAUGCUGUGUCCUCACCAAAUGUGACACAAUAAUGCAUCAACCAAUAAAAACAUCAUCAGGAUAAAUAACAGAAACAUUAUCUAAAGUAAUGAUAGUGAAUAAGGUUCAUCUUCAAAACCAGCAGAUUCAAAUCAACUCAAAGAUGGAGUUCCUCCCCAAAGAACUUUUAAGUUUCAUGUUUUCAGUUGUCUUGAAAUGCAUAUGUGUCACUUGUAGUUUGCUUACUGUUUCGUGAAGAAAUGUAGAAGAUGACAAACCGUUCUUGUUCAGGAAGCUGAAGAAGAGGCAAUUCAGAGAGACAAUUUUAAACCACUAGUUAUUCUCCUUCAAUGACAUAUUUAGAAAUCACGGAUGCAAGAUAUACUGUCAUGUAGCUUUGUAACUGAUCCUUCUCUGCUUCUCUUGUAAGUAAGGAUGGUGCUAAAUUUCGAAAGACCGUAGUAUUGAUAAGCUCUGAUAGUAUCGGUUCUGCUUUCACUACAUACACUUACAAUUUAUUAUUGGUACAUAAAUAUUAUCAAAGCUAACUGCAUCCAUUUCUAUAUGCGAUAAUAUGCUUUUGUUAUUGCACUGUAAGUCUGUAAGAUUAAUCUAAAUUUAUUUUUGAUUUCGAGUUUGGCUUCCGAGGAUUAUGAAAUCAAGACAUUUAAGGACAUUUUGGGCUUUGGGUACACGCCUGAAUGGCAGGGGUGACGGGCAUGGGGUAAUAGAGAAACUAAGUAACAGGUGCCCUGAGGAAGGGAGGCACAAAGAUAUGGAUAAUCCAUAAUAUUAUCAUGACAAAAUUGGCAGGGGGUUCAUGACCACAAAACCAGUCAUAAGUCAUUUUCUUAAAUUGAGAUUUAUACAUUAACAAGCUGAAUAAAUAAGAUUUGCAUUAAUGUAUGGUUUGUUAGGAUAAGACAAUAUUUGGCCGAGAUAUAACUAUUUGAAAAUCUGAGGGUGCAAAAAUAUUGAAAAAAGUUGUUCAAAUUAAGUCCUUAAAUGCAUACUGUAUUAUCAAUCAGAAAUGAAGCUUUGAUAUAUUUACACAUUUACAAAAUAUCUUCAUGGAACAUGAUCUUUACUUAAUAUCCUAAUGAUUUUUGGCUUAAAAGAAAAAUCAAUCAUUUUGACCUAUACAAUGUAUUGUUGUCUAUUGCUACAAAUAUACCUGUGCUACUUAAAACUGGUUUUGUGCUCCAGGGUCACACACAUCCAUACAUUAUUUCAAUAAAAUUGUAUGUUUUUCAUUCUGUUAAAACACUACGUGCUGCACAGUUUCAGAAGUGACAACCGCAUCUGAAUACAAGAGUGAAUCUGCUUAAUUAUUGUUCCGUUAGGCUCUCCUGAUAUUGAAAUGACUGAGUGAUAAACAGAUGGAAAAAGAAAUUUGUUCUUCAUUUUAUUACUGACUUUUGCUGAAUGAUUGCUUAAUUAAAAUACAUUUUAACAUUCUAAUGUUUUAAUAUACAGUUUUCUUGUAAACAAAA